CAAAGUACAUAAGCCCGGCGCGCGGUUUAACUUUCCGAAUCCCCCGCUUACUAACCUGCCAACUUAAACACCUGUACAUGUAUGAUGUACUACAUAGGUAAUCCCUUAACAUCUCUUGAGAUAUCCGUGAUGACCACCUGUUUCGAGGUACAUGAUCAUUCGUUAUUAAAAAACAAAACAAAUGUCUACAUAUUUUACAAUGCUAGAGUUUAGGGGAGUUAAACGCCAAAGGCUCCAUCUACACUUCGUAUAUGCACUUCAUUCACUCGCAGCACUUCAUCAUGUAAAAUCAAGUAAUAAUCUUAAUCUCACAAGCGGACUUGGAUAUUUAUAUUUGGUAUCUUCAACUUGUAUUCGACCCUUCUUUCUCUUUACUUGUAGGUCCACUAGUAAUAAUUCCCACGACGGUAUCACCAUUGUCUUCUUCUCUCUCCUCUUCUCGCUUCUCUUAUCUCCCUCCCCUCUGCUCUUCUCCGUCCCCACGAGCAACAAAAGCCAUCCAUUAAAGACUAGCUCCAAGGGGGCCAGUUCAGAAUCACCAACUUUUCGAUAUUGGCCGUCUCGGUCAACGAGCCCGGUCCGAAGGAGAAGAAACACACGAUAGUAAAUUAACGAAGCAGUAGCGAGGGUAUUAUUGCUUCGAACACAACAAGCCAAGAGGAAAAACCGCAAUCGACAAAACCAUUAACGACCGUGUGGAGGAUUCGGUCCCUGUUCCGGAAUCUUUCAGUGUAUCAUAGGAUGACCCGUCCAUCUCCCU